AUGAAACAAAUUUUAAAUCCAAUAAACAACCAAAAAAAAAAAACUCUUGAUGACAAAGAACAAAAAAAUGAAUUGUUUAAAUUAUUAAGAAAAAUAAAUCUUGAUAUUACAAAAACAAAAAAAGAAAUUAAUAUAGUAAAUGGACAAAUUGCAAGAUUAAGAAUAAAUGAUGAAAGGGUUGAAUUGAAUAAAUAUAUUAAUAUUCUAGAAAAAAAAAAUACUAAAUUAACUAAAGAUAGAGAUAAUACGAUCAAAAAAUUAAUCAAAUUAAAAGAAACUUUAGAAUCUCUAUUAAAAAGAAAAUAUAUUAAUAAGGAUACUAUCAAAGAAAUAGAAAAAAUAUCUUCUAAAUCAACAACUGAUUUUACUAAUAAUAAAGGAAAAACUAUAAAAGAUAAAAGAAAUUCUACCAAAGACAGAAAACAAAAACAACUUAGCUUUUUUCAAAAACAACUUAAAACUUGUUUUUCAUCAUGA